AUGGUGUAUGGCACAAACCGGAAUCUUCUUGAAAUGUUCAGUACUCAUUUAUUUUUGCAGGUCACAAGCGGAGCACCCUACACAGUAUCCGCCCCGACAAACAGCAAUAUGGGAAAGUUUGCUAGACUGGCUCAGGCGUCACAUCUCUUGGGUCGUGUGAUGCGGCACAUUUGUGAUACUCAAGCCGACGCUCGGUUUCUAGAUGUCGAAAAGAGCUCGCUCGACCAAGCUUUACGUUCGCUAUUGGCACUUACUGUAGCGGAGGAGCAGCAGUGUGGUAUUGCAUACUGCUCACCAGUUGCUUUUGUAUCAAGUGCCUUACUUCUGCUUCAUUCAUAUUAUCGUGCGACUUCCACGGCCAUCAAUAAGGAAGAGACCGACUAUUCUUACGGCGAAGCAACCAAGCUCACAUCGAAAGUGACACUACCUAUUGCGCAACGCCUAAAAGAACCAACGUCUCCAAAUAUCCACACUCCGUGUCCAUUUUUAGUGGACUGGAUAUACCGAUCCGCAAUUGCGUAUCACGAUGUCCACCAGACGGAUGAUACAGACGCAAUCAAUGGCUAUGUUCAAACGAUGCGAGAGGCAAUGGAGGAGCUUGGUCGUUAUUGGGGCGUCGGAGGUAAUGUUUUUCCCUUAGCAGUCCGGCUAUCUUUGCAUCCAGUCCCUUGA